UCGUUCAGUGCUGUGGUGGCCAGUUGCUGUUAGUAUACGAACGGCUUGUGGAUGAAGUGCGUGUUUUUAUAGUGCAUAUGACAUCGAUCAAGCAUACAAAAGUUUUUCGCGACUUCUCCAAAAUUAGUUUUCAAGAAUGGCUGGUACAGAUAACGCUAUGAGCAAGCCAGACAAAAAUGGCAGUACGCCAGUCGGAACAGAAAAACAAGAUGGCGAAACGCCCGAGCGAGCCAAGUGGGGAAGCCCCCUGGAGUUCAUACUCGCUUGUCUGGGGUAUGCUGUGGGGCUGGGAAAUGUUUGGAGAUUCCCGUACUUGUGUUAUAGGAGUGGAGGAGGUGCUUUCAUCCUGGUGUUUUUGUUGAUGAUAUUCCUGAUCGGUCUUCCAAUUUUCUACUUGGAAUUAUACAUCGGACAGUACAGUGGGCUGGGACCGUUAAAGGCCUUCCAGUCCAUUGCGCCUUUCUUCAGUGGUCUAGGAUACUGUACCCUGGUGGUCAUCACCAUCAUCUCGAUAUACUACAUGAUCAUCAUAGCGUGGACUUUGUAUUAUACCAUCGUGUCCAUAGCUGGGAGCCUGGAUUGGGGAUCGUGUGAAAACGACUUCAAUGAUUUAUAUUGCUACAGCGGAGCAUACGACAGGGACUGCAGGGCGCAGAACCUCACCGGUUACCACGUCGAGACGUACUACAGAGGGAAUUGUACCGCAAUCGGGCAGAUUUGCCUGCAAACUGGGUCUCAGCCUUUCAACGCGACGCACUGCCUCGAAGGGAACGUCGAAAUCCCGUGGUACACAAACGUCACUAGGAUUCUGGCGUCGGAACAGUAUUUCAACGAACGCGUCCUUGGCAAGGGUGACGCUACCUGGUCCAACUGGGGAACUAUUCAGUGGCACUUGGUUGGCACACUGUUCCUUUCGUGGCUGAUUGCGUUCUUCUGCGUUAUCAAAGGCGUGAAAUCGGCGGGAAAAGUAGUGUAUUUCACUGCGUUGUUUCCAUACGUCAUGCUGACAGCGCUGCUCAUCCGAGGAGUGACGCUGGAAGGAGCUUCGGAAGGGAUCCUGUUCUACUUAUCCCCGACUUGGGAGACGCUGCUCAGUGCCCAAGUGUGGGGUGACGCUGCUUCACAGAUCUUCUACUCAUUUGGAGUGGCCUGCGGCUCCCUCAUCACGCUGGCUUCAUACAACAAAUUCACCAACAACUGCCAUUUUGACGCGGUGUUUGUGUCAUUCGCUAACUUCGGGACGUCGAUAUAUGCUGGCUUCGCGGUCUUUUCUGUGCUUGGGUUCCAAGCGCAGCAGAUGGGAGUUAGUGUUGAUGACGUGGCUCAACAAGGUCCAGGUCUGGCAUUCAUCGUGUACCCCGAAGCGCUGCUGCAGAUGCCCAUACCCCAGAUGUGGUCCAUUCUCUUCUUCAUCAUGCUGUUCAUCCUCGGUAUUGGAUGCCAGUUCGCUGGCAUUGAGGCCAUAAACACAGCCAUUGUUGACCAGUGGCCGCAUCUACGGAAGAAUUAUUGGAGGGUCACAGCGUUCACUUGUUUCUGCUGCUUUAUUCUCGGUAUUCCCAUGUGCUUCAGCGGUGGGAUAUACUUGUUCACUCUACUGGAGUGGAAUACCGCUUCGUGGGCUAUUCUGCUCAUUGGAGUUGCACAGUGCACUGCAGUAUCGUGGAGCUACGGAAUCAACCGGGCCAUGGACGAUUUGGCCGACAUGAAAAUGAAAUUCAACCCGUUCCUGCGUUUCUACUGGAAGGCGGUGUGGACCGUCAUCUUGCCUAUUGCCAGUGUGGCAAUUCUGAUCUUCAUUCUCAUCAACUGGACGACACCAGCGGUGGACGACUACGUGUUCCCACUGUUUGCUGACCUGCUUGGCUGGGUAGUGGGCAUAUCGACGUUGAUCUUCUUCCCAGUGGGAGUGGGCUGGGCCUUUUACCAUGGAUAUAGAGGAAAGGAACUCUUCACUACAACGGAGGACUGGAAGCCGGCAAACCAAAAACUACUCAAUAAUUCUGGAUCUGAAUCCUUAGAAUCUGGUCUCGACAGUUCACAAAACAACUUAGAUUAUGUUAAUGAUAAUAUGGUAGCUAGAUAAACUAAGUAAGAAUAAUUAUUAGAUUACAACUGUCUACAGCAUUUUUGCGCACGGGUUAUGCAUAGCUUAUUUUUAUUGCUUGAAUACCUAGAAAUAAGAAUAACAACAAAAAAAUUUUCUGAAUUUGCUUUUAUGUGUAAAAAAUAGAAAAAAUCAUAUCAAUGAAUGUAUGAAACAUGAACAUAGAGAUGAUUUCAUUUGUCGCCAAAUAUAUUUUUUUCUUUCUUUCUUUCAUUCUUUCUAAUUAUUAAAACAUACCAAACAUCCAUUUAAGAUUCAUUCUCACAAGAGAAAAUUUUAAAUAGAGUCCAAAUAUUGAUUAAAAAUGAAAAAUUCUAAUUUGCUGUCAUGUUCCAUAGAAGAUUUUUCUCAUAAAAAUCUAACCCUAUCAUGCUUUCAGUUUACUGGCCUUGGUAACUUCGUCUCUCAAAUCCCACUAUAUUUUGAUGAAAGCAUGCCCCUUGUUCUUGCGAAUAAGCCCCCAUAAUUAUCUAUAAAUAUAUCCCAAUAAGAAUGUGACGUGCAUCUUUAGAGACAUUCUACUAUGAAGAUGGAAAAUUCAAAUCGCUAUAACUCUUUAAAAAGCAAAUAUUUUCGAUUUGUAAUCGCACUUUUUUAUAUAAAUUUGCUUAUAUAAUCAGAAUCUAAUAAGUAAAAUCCAUGCGCAAAAAAAAUAUUUUUUUUUUGUUGACCGGUGUUAUUUAUUAAUAUUAUUAAUUAUUAUACGUAAUUAUGUUUGACAAUAAUUGACUAGCAAAAUUAAUAUCAGGCUACAAUUUAUUAAAGAACCUAAAUAACAAAAAAAAAAAACAUUAAUCGUAGUAUAUGUGUUACUGUAAAAGCUCGAACUACGGUUAAUCUUAAGAUUUAAGUGUAAGUCUUAGGAUUUACCGACAUGAGUUGGUAAAUGUAUGUAUUUCUGAAUAUACGACAAUUUUUUCGAGCUUUUACCAUUCGAAUUCAGUUUAUGCUAGGUUUUACCUCUGUCAGCUGGUAGAUGUUGGUUUUAAGAAUAAAACAAUGAGUAAUCCUUAAUUACUUACUUUCAUCAACUACCUAUUAGACAAAACAGGUACCUACAUAGUAUUAUAAAGGUAUCACGAUAGUAAUAAGUACAAACUAACACCAACUUAUUUAAAUUAAGUAUUUGCAAUCAUUUCUUCUUCUUGUGUUUUGGUGUUCACAUUUUUACUGUUUCCUUUUUUUAUUCCUUCUGACUCAUUACCAACGAUGUUUGUUUUCGUAAAAGUGUACAGAACUUUUAAUUAGUAAGAUUAUAACAAAAAUGAUAAUACCAUGGACUCCAUGGCAUGAACGAAAUGUGAAGUGGAAAAAAUCGGAAUUAUAAUAACCCAGCAUUGAUAGUAGCGCAUACCUGUAAAUAUCAUAUCUAGCCUAUCUAGGACACUGAAAUUUUGUACUGCAUGCAUCCUACUAAUAUUAUAAACGCGAAAGUUUGUGUGGAUGUUUGUUACUCUUUCAAGCAAAAACUACUGAACUGAUUUUGAUGAAACUUUACAGUAUUAUUGUUUAUAACCCAGAAUAACAUAUAGGCUAUAAUUUAUGGCGAUCUGUGACAAAUUAAAUUUCACGCGGGUGAAGCCGCCGGCAAAAGCUAGUAUUUUAUAUGACAUGAUCUUACGUUGCUAAAAAAAAAAACAAGGCAGUGACAUCAUGGUUUGUUUAAUUGUAUUAAAAUGAAAAGUGAUGCCGUGGUCUUUUUUGUUCUUAAAUUGUUCGUACAUUUAACAAUACAAAAAGGCUGCGCUCGUGUAAUGCGUAGAUAAGACCGAUUUUUACCUGUCAAAAAUGCUUGUUUUGUUUUUCAACAUUUACCGUGCUAUUAAUGUAAAUCCUAAGAUUUACCAACGAAAUGGUGGUAAGAGUUCGAAUCGCAAACCUUUUGGGACAUUUACCAUUAGGAAUUGGUAGAUCUUAGGUUUUACUGGAAUAUCUUAGGAUUUACUGCAAUUCGAGCUUUUACAGUAACAUAUGAAUUGCUACUUACUUAUCUCCUACAGUACCUAUGACAAAUUGAUGUGUAGAAAGUAAUUAGAUUUUUUUAUACUUUUUUGUAAGAACAAUAUUGUUACUUCUUUGACCUCGAAAAGAAAACUGCAAUUGCGACAUGACAACAUGCAUCACAGCUAACCAAUAGAAAUUCUUUAUAAAAAUAUGUCCGUAUUUAUUUACAGAAUUUUACAACUUAUACCUAUGCUAUAGCUUGCUUAAGUGAUGCAGCAAAUUGAACGCAGAGCGUUGAAUAGAGCUCUGUGAUUGGUUUGUGUGUCCUCACACUGUGAGACCUCAUAGGAAUGUUUGUGAAAACGGGCGAUAGACUUUAAUAUUGUACUUAAAAGUAAACUUAGUCAUAUCAAAACUUAUGAAUCCCGUAUCGGGAGGACGACAAUAAAUAAUUAUGAUUAUGGACUUUAGUCAUUACUAAUAAUAAUUAUUAUAAUAGUCAGGUAUUUUUUUAACUAAGCGUAAAUCUGAUAAUAUUCUUAAGAUUAAUAUUUUGAUUACGAGCUGUAUCUAUGUACCUAUUAAAUAGUGAUAAUGAUAUAAAAUAUAAAUGAUACAAUCUUAAA